AUGAAGGCGUCGGGGAAUCUUCGGGAAUACAAGGUGGUUGGGCGCUCCUUGCCUACACUUAAAGCCAAAAUCCCUCCCCUCUACCGCAUGAGAAUAUUUGCACCCAACCAUGUGGUGGCCAAAUCCCGGUUCUGGUACUUCGUUUCUCAGCUUAAGAAAAUGAAAAAGGCUUCUGGAGAGAUUGUCUACUGCGGCCAGGUGUUUGAGAAGUCUCCAUUGAGGGUGAAGAACUUUGGUAUCUGGCUGCGCUAUGAUUCUCGAAGUGGAACUCACAACAUGUACAGAGAAUACAGGGACCUGACUACUGCAAAUGCAGUAACUCAAUGCUACCGGGAUAUGGGUGCUCGCCAUCGCGCCAGAGCCCAUUCUAUUCAGAUUAUGAAGGUCGAAGAGAUUGCGGCCAGCAAGUGCCGUAGGCCUGCAGUCAAGCAGUUCCACAACUCCAAAAUCAAGUUCCCUCUUCCACACAGAGUUCUGCGUCGCCAGCACAGACCACGUUUUACCACCAAGAGACCAAACACAUUCUUCUAA